AUGGCUUCUACUUUCAAACUUCUCUCCCUCACUCUGCUCCUUGUCCUAGUUUUUAAAGCUUAUGGAGUUUGUGCUUUGAAUAAAAGUGGAGUUUGUGCUUUGAGUGAAAUUGGAGUUAGACAAUAUAAAACAUCAGGGUAUGCACAUGGAAUGGAAGUGUGGAAGGUUAAUGUAACCAACAAUUGUGAAUGUAGUCAAUCACAAAUACAGUUCAACUGCACUGGAUUUCAAACAUAUUUAUCUGUUGAUCCAGCAAUUUUUAGUGAUGAUUGUCUUCUCAUUCAAGGAGGACUUCUUCAUCCUUCUAAAUCUGCCACUUUCUACUAUGCUUGGGAUCCUAAGUUUACAUUUACACCGAUUUCUUCCAAAACUUCAUGUUCUUAG